UCCUCCACCCGAUGCUCCCAACCAACCCCGCCCAACUAAAACCAAAACUCCCCGCACAAAAACCCAACCACCACCACCAAAAACCCCCUCCCCCACCUCCCUACAAACACCGACCCUUCCCCCCGCCAGCGGCAGGGCCAGACCAUAUCCCAAAACCCCUAACCCCCUCCGACCUCCCGGAAAGGUACCGACCCGCGUACCGCAAAGUACGCACGGUAGUAGUGAUGCUACCGAUUGCGAUUGUUACCAGCUAUGUGCUUUAUCAGAGGGGUUUGUUUCUUUGUCCCUUUCUGAGCUCAUGAUUUCCGGUUUUUUUUUUUAGGGAGAGAUGCUAAGGUGCUAGUUGGGUAGUUGUGCUUGGAGAGGAGAGGAAGGUUUUGGUGAAGAAGGAGGAUUGAUGGCGUUGACGGUGUUGGUGGGCGCGGGUUUAUUAGCCGUUUGACGGGAUGGAUGGAUGGAAUAGAAUGGAGCAUAGACUGGAGGAAGGGGGGGAUUGGCAUCACAACCUGAAUGCGAAAAUUCCUCGAUUACGGCAAACUGCGCUACUCGGACAAGCACCACCAUUAAUCACGUCCAAUCAACUCCCCUAAAGGCAACAGCAAUCCCAGUUCCGGCCCCUUAGAACAGUACGAAAGCCCCACCAAUUCCCAUGCAUUACCCAAACACUGUAUUAAAACCAAGGGAAGGCUAAAAGCGAAAGACCUUAAACUUUUCAACGAAAACAGAACAGUGAUAAAGAAAAAAUAUAU